UUUAAAAACGUUGAAAUAUCAAAGUACUGGUUCAGUUCUUGGUUACAGUUCACCUAAAAUAGUGAGUUUUACAUUCGUUGCGUGUAACAAAGGCAUCCAACACAGGCCCACGCUUUCGCAUUUCAGCAAGCAAUGAAGAUAUACCUGGUGCUCUUCUUAACGGUAUUUACGGUAACUGCUACAGCAGCCAGCAGUCUCGCACGGUUUCCCUUGAGUGUUUUCCUUGAUACUGAACUAAUAAGAACUAAACGUGAUGGACGCAUCAUCGGUGGAGCCGAUGCGAAAGAAGGAGAAUUCCCCUGGAUGGUUUCGUUGCAGAGAAAUGGCUUUUUCGGGCGUUCUCAUUUUUGUGCCGGUUCGAUAGCAGAUGCGAGCAGUAUCAUCACUGCGGCUCAUUGUUUAGAAGAGCUUCAUCCAAUUGGAGUUUGGGCGGUUGCUGGCGAACACAGGUUAGAUCUCGUUAGUGGUUAUGAACAAGAGCUGAGAGCAGUCCAAUUUGUUCUUCACGAAGAAUAUGACCCAGAUUACCUGAGGAAUGAUAUUGGAAUAAUUCGAUUAAAUGGAGCCUUCGUAUUCAACUCUUACUUGAAACAAGUUAAACUUCCUAGAUCCGGCUACUUUACUCAUCCAGACACGGCCGUUACGGUCGCAGGUUGGGGAACCACAAAAGAAGGAGGGAAUUUAUCUAAUGUGCUACUAAAAACGACAGUUCCUGUGGUAUCCGACGAAGACUGCCGCUUAAUUUAUGGUGCAGGGCUAAUUGUUGAUUCCAUGCUAUGCGCUGGAUAUACAUCCGGAGGCUAUGAUUCGUGUCAGGGAGAUUCUGGUGGACAGCUCAUGUUGGGUGACAAAACUCUUGUUGGUAUUGUGUCUUGGGGUAAAGGCUGUGGUCAACCUGAUUAUCCCGGUGUUUACACCGAAGUUUCGGCUUAUAUCGGAUGGAUUAAUAUGAAAUUAUCAACGGCGGAAGCUUCCACAACAACACAAACAUCUCGUAAUUGAAUAAUUAAUAAAAUGUGGCUAAAUUUUAAA